AUGGACAAUAAUAAUCUACAAGAUUCAGGAGUGAAGCUGCUCUGCACUGGACUGAUGAAUGUCAAGUGCAAACUGAAGAUACUGAGGCUCAGUAAUUGUGGUCUAACAGAGGAAAGCUGUUCAGCUCUCACUACAGUCCUUAGAUCAAACCCCAAUCUGAAAGAGCUUGACAUGAGCAACAAUAAUCUCCAAGAUUCAGGAGUGAUGCUGCUGUCUGGUGGACUAAAAAAUAACUGCAAACUGGAGAAAUUCAUACUUUCAAACUGCAAUAUCACUGAAGAAGGUUAUAAAGCUCUGGCUUCAGCUCUGAGAUCAAAUCCUUCACACCUGAUAGAGCUGGAUCUCACAGGAAAUGAUCCUGGACAAUCAGGAGUGAAGGAGCUCAGUGAUUUACUACAGGAUCCAAACUGUCAACUGAAGACACUGAGGUUUUUGGGUCCUACUGCAAAUGAAGCUUGUCAAUAUGUGACUGGAAUUGUGGGUAAAAACCCAUUACUCCUGAGAGAACUGAAUCUGAAUGAACAUGAACUAGGAGACACACGAGUGAAUCAGAUUGCUGCUCUACUGCAGGAUAAACACUGUCAACUCCACACACUGACGUGA